AUGUCGUUUUAUAGGCGCCUAUUUCGCAUCGUCUCCGCGACUCUCUUUUCCUUCCUUUCCAUUAUUCUCCUAGCCUUGACAAUCCUUUCCCCUGCGGACAUAAUCUAUCAGUCCCGUCGAAGCAACAGUCUAGGCAACAUCUUUGCCGUCAGUAUAGUGUAUUUACUUACUCUAUCAUUUUCCUUCGUGAUAUAUGCUGGCCGCUUGUUCACAAACCGCGGCGUUUUUGCGGCAAUUCCAAAGCCAUGGAUCCCCGUCGAGAAAGCAGACGUACCAGCGACUGUCAGAAGGCUCGUUGUUGAAGGCUUCCUCCGGAGCUCUGUCAUUGCCCAACAGGCCCGGCCAAGGGAUAUUACCCAGGACGAUACCUCUCAUCUUGACCAGUCCCUUCUGAUUCCAAGAGAUCAAGAUCCUCCUUGGGGCUCGAUUUCACAUGCGGGCUGGACGGCACCGCAUUGUCAAGAUCUUCCAAACCAGGAGUUUGAAGUAGUCAUCAAAGAACUUCCCCAUUUGAUAGAGGCGAAAGCUGUAUCUCUAGCUCCUAUGGACCCCAGGCCAGCCUCGCGACUGGAUCAUCAAGCUUCUAAUAACUUUCAGGAGAAUGAGAGAGGUCAAGAGGAGGUCCCAGAUAAACGUGUUGUCGAGGUAUUGCAGAGGCCAUCAAAUAUGUGCCUUCGUGACUACUUGAACCACCUCAACCGCCUUAAUCUGAUCGACCCACCGCACCUAAUCCGGGAUUUUCUUCGGUUGUACGAGUGUUCGCGGUUCUCGGCGCGGCCGCUAGAGGAAAACGAAUUUCGUGAAAUGAUAGGACUCUUCGCUGAAAUUUUACGGAGCAUGAAAGGAAUUGAUCCGUCCAUUAUUUUGGAAAUACAGUCAACGGACUCGUCUGACCGCGGGGGAGAACAGGGGACUUCGACCAUCUCGCUCGUGGUAUUCUUCAAUUUACUCGGCUUCUGA